AUGCCCGUCGAGGUCCACGGCUUGCACGAGUUCGUCCCGCCCGACUUUUCUCGCGGCGACCAGCGCGGUCCUUGCCCAGGCCUGAACGCUCUCGCCAACCACGGGUACAUCAACCGCAAGGGCGUCACGUCGCUGGCCGAGGUCGUCCCGGCCAUCAACCAGGUCUUCGGCAUGGGCCUCGACCUGGGCUUCCUGCUGGCCACCAUUGGCGUCGUCUUCACGGGCAACCCGCUCAGCCUGAACCCAGGCUUCUCCAUUGGCGACUCCUCCUCGGCCAGCCAGAACCUGUUGGGUAAUCUUUUCGGCCUGCUCGGCAAGCCCCGCGGCCUCUCGGGCUCGCACAAUAUCAUCGAGGCCGACUCAUCAAACACCCGCAACGACCUGUACCUGACGGGCGACGCCUCGAGCCUGGACAUGGACGUCUUCAGGGGCUUUGUCGACAUGCUUCCCGAAGGCAGCAACUUGGACAUUGAUGCCAUGGCCCAGCGUGCCGAGAACCGCUUCCACGAGUCCAUCGCCAGCAACCCCAACUUCUACUAUGGCCCUAUCACGGGCUCCAUGCUGCGGAACGCGGCGUGUGCCUUCACCACGCGCUUCUUCAGCAACCACAGCGCUGAGAAUCCCGGUGGUUUCCUGGACAAGAAGAUUGCCCAGUCUUUCCUCGGCGUCACCGAGCAGAACGGCGUCAUGACCUACCAGCGCGGCUGGGAGCGCAUUCCCGAGAACUGGUACCGCCGCCCCGUCGACUACAGCGUGCUCGAGAUGAACUUGGACCUCGUAGGCAUGAUGGUGAAGCACCCGGCCAUCGCGUCCAUCGGCGGCAACAUGGGCAAGGUCAACUCGUUCGCCGCCGUCGACCUGAGCGACAUCUCUGGCGGGCUUCUCAACACCGCCAUGCUGCUCGAGGACAACAACCUUCUGUGCUUUGUGUUUGAGCUGGUCAAGACCUUGGCGCCCAACUCGCUGUCCAGUGUCUUCAAGCUCAUCGACCUGCCCCUGCAGGUUCUCACCAGUGCCAUCAACCUCAGGCUGCUCGACCUUGCCUGCCCGGCUUUCGCUGAUCUCAAGAAGGAUGGGUCUGGACUUGACAAGAUUGUUGAAAACAUUGACGACUUCCUUCACACUCUUCCUGGAGCUAGAGGGCUGAACUAG